AUGGCUCUUUUUGUCCGCCUACUGAGAGGAAACUGGAUUAUUGGCCCAUACGGCCGAUGGGAAUUUCAGAGUGAAAGUUCGGAUCUAGGUUACGGCUACGGCGCACACCUUCGGGGAGAUGAAAGCUAUGAAGCUUUACUAGCAAACGUCCGAAGAAGGUUCUUGCUUGAGGGAACAACACUGGUGGCUUUAACUUACCGGAUUCCACCACUGAUGCCGGAACCUAUUUCAUCUGGUCAACUGCCUACAGAUAUCUUAACCGAUAGUGAUGUGGGUCUGUUCAUGGCCAUCAGAUUGCUUCGUAGAGCUCACAAUCUAUGUGACUAUCGGGGCUCAGUCUGUAGCUAUGUAUCAAUUUAA